CAUAAACCACAAUGUCUACAAAUAAACGACGGAAACUCAAUGUGGCAGAGCCCCAACAAGCUGUGAGCGCCUUUGCUCUUCGUAAAAAGCUUCUCAAUCAGCAAACCACACCUACACCAACCGAGGAAACGAAUGAUGAAGGAAUAAAAAUAGCCUCAUCUCCAUCAAAACCAUCGCAGAAUAAAAAGAUUAAGGAUCAAAAGAAAUCGAGAAAGAACCCGAGUACCCAAACGGCAACAGGCCAUGAGAAAGGAUCAAGCACUCCUUUGAGAGAUCUACUACCGGUCGAAUUGCCCACAGAAAACUGUGCUGUUCCUAAUUCUUCAGAUGCUCUCGCAAGGAACUCAUCGCCUCUCACCACUGAUGACGGAGAUGAGGUCCCAGUUCAGCCUGUCAAAUUUUUAGCUGCCCAGCUCUCCAGCUUCAAGCCAACCAAAAGCAACUACCAAAUGCGAAAAGAUGGGAGAGUGGUGUUGAAGCUAUCGGACGGAGAUCGUCUAGUGAUUCUUGGUAGCUAUGGCAUACGCGUAACAUCUGGUGAGAUUACUAUUAACGGUGCCACACUGAGAAGCACGGAGAAGGCGUGUUGGGUGGAGGCACCACAUUGCCAUGCGCUUCCUGUUAUCAGGUGCUCGGACAGGGCGACGACCGAAUUACUCCCCCACCAAAAUGCCGUAGCGAUGAAAAGUCUCGGAAAGCUUUCGCCUUACUUUAGAAGACUUUGGAAUGAGCCCGAUCUAUCGUCUCUAGCCAAGAAAACUUCGAGGACCGAAAAUACGUAUCAAAUACUAUAUACGUCAGCAGAUGGUCCGAAGAAGACGUUUAUACAAGAUCUUGUUUCCCCACCGGAGUGGAACAGAGAGCUCGCUAGGUUGGUUAGCAUGUCUAGCUCAAAGCCUUGCUCGGUCAUGAUCACUGGACCGAAGUCUUCUGGAAAAUCUACUCUGGGUAAAAUUCUUGCGAAUCGACUUAUCACCGAUCAAAUAAGAGGUUCCAAGCCCCAAGCUCACUGUGGGGUAGCUGUACUCGACUUUGAUCCUGGACAGCCCGAGUAUUGUGUUGCCGGUCAAGUUGCCUUGGUGCUCCUCACCGAGCCUGUUAUUAGCCCCUCGUUCUGCCGCCCAUUACCCAGCUCGGAAAUCCAAAUCAUUCGAUCCCAUGCCUUGGCAUCUACAUCUCCCGCUUCAGAUCCUGAUCUAUACUUAGAAGCAGCUAUGGACCUUAUGACGCAUUAUCGAAAUACCCUAGGGCGUUGUCCCCUCAUCAUAAAUACCCCAGGAUGGAUUCAAGGAACAGGAUUAGACUUAUUAACUUCCCUAAUUACGAAUUUACGGCCUACUGAGGUAAUAUAUAUGUCCGAGUAUGGCCCCGGUGAAGUGGUAGAAGCGCUUCAAGAGUCCUGCAAGGUGUCCGGUUUCUCUACGCUGCCGUCCCAAGCUUCGCAGCUUACUUCAAGGACAGCGGCGCAUUUCCGUUCGAUGCAAACCAUGGCAUACUUCCAUGCUGAACCUGGAAGUACAAGUGAUGUUGACCGUCAUAUUCAAUGGAAUACAAAGCCGUUGACAACUAUUCCUCCUUGGCAAGUCAGCUAUAUUGGACCAAGUCGCGGUAUUUUUGGGAUCAUGUGUUAUGAUUAUCAAGCGCCUUUGGAUUUAUUAGCUGAUGCAAUUAAUGGCACGAUUGUCGCGAUUAUCGGGGUUGAAAAUGCGAAGGCGUUUAGGCAUACUACAGAACACGAAAAUUCAUCUAAUGAUGCAAGAAUCAACAUGAUGGACAUCGAUGACAACGAUGCGCAGAAGUCGAUGUCAUCGUUCUCAAGCCUAUCAGAGAAAAUAAUUGCGACGACGCCAGAGGGCAUUCCAUUUAUCGACACUACGAACGUAAUUGCCCUCGAUCCUAGAUUUUCGCAUUCUCUUGGUCUAGCCCUUGUUCGUGGCAUCGACGUCGAAAAUGGUACACUUCAACUCCUCACGCCGUUGUCGUUGGAAAGUAUCGAAGAGGUGGCAUCUAAGGGAGGCGAAAUUGUCCUUAUUAGUGGAAAAUUCGACACACCGAGCUGGGCUUAUACCGAAGACUUAUACUAUCAGACUUACGGAAAGGCGGAUGAUGGACCUGAUGCGGAUGAACCAAUGGAUGCUACUGAGGAAAAUGUGGAUAAUACCUCCGACGCCGAAAAUGGUGAUAUCGGAGUUACUGACACAGCCCCGGUUCCAUGGAUAGAGGUGUUGCAUGGGAACCAAAAACGUGGCGCUGGAUCAAAAGUGUGGAGGGUAAGACGGGACCUGGGUCGUGGUAAUGCUACCUAAUACGUACCGCUCAAGUACGAUAUCGAGAUCUAUCAUCCCAUUCGCUCGAUUCACUAGGUUCCACCGCUUCUGCAGUUUCCAAGGACCA